AUGGAGCUCUGGAAUUUCUCCUCUACCUGGGGAAGCAGCUUCAUUUUGGUGGGGAUUCUGAAUGACAGUGGGGCUUCUGAAUUGCUCUGUGCCAUGAUCACAAUCCUGUACAUGCUGGCUAUAGCAAGCAAUGGACUUCUGCUCUUGGUUAUCACAAUGGAUAUCCGGCUCCAUGUGCCCAUGUACCUCCUGCUCAGGCAUCUCUCUCUCCUGGAUCUCCUGUUCACAUCGGUUAUCACUCCCAAAACCCUCCUGGAUUAUCUGCGGAGGGAAAACAGCAUCUCCUUUGGAGGCUGUGCCCUUCAGAUGUUCCUGGCAUUGACUCUGGGUGGUACAGAGGACCUCUUACUGGCCUUCAUGGCUUAUGACAGGUAUGUGGCCAUUUGUCAUCCUCUGAACUACAUGAUCUUCAUGAGGCCAAGGGUCUGCUGGCUCAUGGUGGCCACAUCCUGGAUCCUGGCAUCCCUGAGUGCUUUAGGACACACCAUGUAUACAAUGCAUUUCCCUUUCUGCAUGUCCUUGGAAAUCAGACAUUUGCUCUGUGAGAUCCCACCUUUGUUGAAGUUGGCCUGUGCAGAUACCUCCGGAUAUGAGCUCCUAGUUUAUGUGACAGGUGUGACUUUCCUCUUGCUGCCCCUUUCUGCCAUUGUUGCCUCCUACACACUAAUUCUGUUCACUGUGCUCCACAUGCCCUCCAAUGAGGGAAGGAAGAAAGCCCUUGUCACCUGCUCUUCCCAUCUGACUGUGGUUGGGAUCUUUAGUGAAGAACAUACUCAUGAAUGUAGGUCAGGAGUUAGUGCUCCCCACUGCUCAAGGGAAAUCCUAAGGUGCUGGAAUUUCCAGGAAGCCAUGUCUCAGCAUGGAGGGAAAUACCCAGUGAUCCUAAGAGGCAUGCAGAGAAAGGUCUUUGAGAGACAUAGGGCUGAACUGGAGCAAGAAGGAGACACAGCCAAUGGGAACAAGCUUGAUCCAGAGUGCAGGGCCCUGCUGACAUUAGGCCUGCAGCUGUGUUUAGUCCCUGUGYUUGCAGAUGCUUCUGUGGGUGCAUUGGCAGAGCCCAUGGUGCAGGAGGAACAGCAACUCUUCUUGCAGAGGACUUGUUUGCAUUCUUUGCAUUUUCAGGAGCUCUUGCAGGUGCAGGAUCCACUGGUAGCCAGACCUUUGGGAUAUGUGGUGAGCUGUAGUGGUGGCGAGACAACCGCACACAGGUUUGAUAGAACAUGGGGAGCAUAA